AUGUCCAGUCGCAUCGGCGUCUCCGACUUCCGUAACGCAGUGACUUCUAAAUGUCCAAAAGCGCAAGCAUCGAAGACCACUCUGCCUCGACUUGUCUACUUGCGAAAGAUCGAUACAGGGCCUUAA